UACGAAUUUUAUAAACAGUUGCAGAGUUUUGUGUUAGUGUAGAAGGCGAACGGCCAAGGCAAUGGAAACUCCUGAAAUCGUGAAAUUACUUGGUAUUAUUUUUUGCUUUAUGAUCGUUAUUGUGGGAACAGCCAAAGUUCUGAAAGUUUAUUCCUCUUUUGGUGAUCCUGUUCUGAAGAAAAUCACCAAUUUAGUUAUCAUUAUCUCUGCAAUAUCAUGUGUUUUACGUCUCGUAGCUUUGUCUACUGCCCUUAUCUACGGUGGCUGGCCGUUUGAUGACCUUGGCUGUCAGCUGUACGGAUUUGUCGAUCUCGUGGUCUAUUCUGGUUCUACGUGGAUUUUGUGUAUCGCUGCAAUGGAAAGGUACUUUAAAUUUAUGCUUCAAGUUGAUCAUCCGUCAACUUUCUCAGUAAAGAAUGUGAAUAUGAUCGUCGUGGGAAUCUUCAUCCUAAUCAUUCUAAUAGCUACCGGACCACUUUAUGGUCUCGGAGAAUAUUCCUACUAUAGAGGUCACCUGAAGCUUUCUUUGUCUUAUUAUCCUCUAGGAGAAAAUGGAACAACAAAUCACCUUCUGUUUCCUAGUUGGUACUCAUACUUACUAAAAAACGAAAUUGAUAAAAGGACCUUGCCAAAUCCUACGUACUUAUUUCGGAAAACAUUUGAGGAAAAUUUACGCAUCAAGGUAGUCCAACUGAGACAGACGGAAGUAGGAUUCGACAUGUUUUUUCGUUGUCCCUCUUUGCCUAUUGCUGAAGAGCUAUGGUAUAAUCAUACAACUGGAUCCCUUGGUGAAGUCUUCAAAUCUAUAGUGUGGCAUCCAGAGCUUUCUCAAACCCUCAAUGUUAAAGAUGUAAUAAUAAAUACCACCAUUGAUGAGCAGGAAUAUGAGGAUUAUAUGAACGUGUUUCUGAUCUCUCAGGAUUUGGGAAUGUGUGGCACGGACUGGACAUCUAAGAACGUUCAUGCUCUGGUAUGGUCCGUGUAUCAAACCAUUAUAACAACAGCUGCUCCCUUCAUACUAGAAGCCAUUCUAUACAUAAUCAUAUCAUGUAAAAAUCCGUGUAGUGUUGCAGUUACGGAUAAACACAUUCGUGAACAUGACAUCAGGGCACUUCGAUUCUUUCAAAGUUCAUCUGUCAUAUAUUUCCUUCUGACGUCAUCCUAUUUCACGAUAACGAUUAUCAAUUUGAAUGGUGUAUAUAUACCCUCAAUUGUUAUUUUCUUGACCUCACUUUUGUAUUUUACCUCAUCUGUUUCAAUUCUGAUUGGAUGUUUUGUUGUUGAAUGUGAACCAUUCAGUCGUUUUAACAAUGCUAUACAGAAUUGUUGGAAAGUUUGUAGGGGAAAAUUUUCAAGAGAAUGUGCUGAAAUUUCAAUAAAAACAUCAACGUUGUAUAAAAUGAAACAAAGAACAUUUCGAGAACCCAAAACAUAUGUUUGACGUUUUGUUAGUACAAAAAAUACCGUUUCUGUAAUAUACAUUUAUAUUGUCAAAGGGAAGAUUGUAUAUACACAUGUACAACUGUACUAUUCAAAAUGUUUGACGUUUUGUUAGUACAAAAAAUCACGUUUCUGUAAUGUACAUUUAUAUUGUCAAAGGGAAGAUUGUAUAUACACAUGUACAACUGUACUAUUCAUGUUCUUAAUGAGUAAUGCGUACAUAUACACGUUAUAAUUUUAUUCAUGUUAUGUAUCAAUAUGAGGUUAAUUUUUU